CUCUAGGAAAAGUUUACUCGAAAACAGUCAGUCGUCUGUUAAAGAUUGUGAUGAGCAGAUGAAGACAGCGAAUUAUCCGAACAAUUGCAACUGAUUGAAUUAAUAUCAUCUUAUUUCAAUAAAAUGGCAGCUUAUGUAUGCGUCGAGGAUUACGAGAAAUAUGCUCUGGAACAUUUGCCUCCUCCUGUGAGAGAUUAUUACAAAAGCGGUGCCGGAGAAGAGUUUAGCGUCAAAUUGAACAGAGAGGCUUUCAAAAAUUACAGAAUACGUCCUAGAUUUUUACGAGACGUCUCCAGAAGGGAUAUAAGCACAACAGUAUUGGGACACAAAGUUUCAAUGCCCUUGGGAGUUGCACCUACCGCAAUGCAACGUAUGGCGCAUCCCAAUGGAGAAUGCGCUAAUGCAAGAGCCGCACAGGAAGCAGGAACGAUUUUUAUUCUUUCAACGAUAUCGACGAGUAGCAUAGAGGAAGUGGCGGAAGCCGCUCCGGAUGGUAUAAAAUGGUUCCAGCUCUACAUUUAUAACGAUAGAAAUGUUACCCUGAAUUUAAUAAGACGCGCCGAACAUGCUGACUUUAAAGCACUGGUUCUUACUAUCGAUGCGCCUUUUUUCGGUGAUAGACGAGCCGAUAUAAAAAAUAAAUUCGCGUUACCGAGUCACUUAAGAUUUGCAAAUUUCGAAGGUGAUUUAUCACAACGAAUAAACAACGCAACCGGUUCCGGUCUCAAUGAAUACGUUACUGCAUUAUUUGAUCCAUCCCUGUCCUGGGAUGAUGUAAAAUGGCUUAAAAGAAUUACAUCGCUACCAAUAAUUCUUAAAGGAAUUCUAACAGUAGAAGAUGCACGUUUGGCCGUAGAAAGUGGAGUAGAUGGCAUUAUUGUUUCGAAUCAUGGUGCACGUCAAAUAGACGGUGUUCCAGCAACGAUCGAAGCUUUGCCUGAAAUAAGCAAAGCUGUGGGAGAUGAAAUCGAAGUCUACAUGGACGGUGGAAUAAUUCAAGGAAUCGACGUAUUAAAAGCUUUGGCUUUGGGCGCAAAAAUGGUAUUCUUUGGUCGACCCAUGUUGUGGGGUUUGACAUACGAUGGCGAAAAAGGUGCUAGACAGAUUCUUGAACUUAUGCAGAGAGAAAUCGACAUUGCAUUUGCAUUAACUGGAUGCGCAUCUCUAAAAGAUGUUACCCGAGAUAUGGUGGUUCAUGCAUCAUAUUAUAGUCGUUUAUAAAAAUAAGUUUUGCUCAUAACAUUCCAGUAAGCAAGAAAUACUUAAUCAAUAUUUAAAAAUGUUGAUUUUAUAUAAAUUUUCUAAACGUUAUGAUAUAAGAGAUUGAAUAAUUUUUCGCUUUUUCUCUUUGAUGAAUCGCGUAGGGACAAAUGAUGUAAUUUGUUACAGAGCGCUUUUUGUUUCGGGCCUUCGAGAGAGAUCGAAGGGAAAAAAAUAGUUUUUUGUUACCGUGUCCAUUGUCACUGAUAAGUCGUCCAUCGAACAAAGCGGUUGAUUUGUAAGGAUGGUCUUCGAGAUCACUUUUCUUUCGGGAUCGGCAUGGAAAUAUUGGAAGUAGUAGCAAUCGAAGAAUUUUGCACCUUUUAUAGCAAAAUCUUAGAUAAUAAAGGUUCGUUCACAUGAGCAUAAUGGAAGACUGAUUACGCUGUCCGUUCUAUCAGCACUUGCUAUUGCUCACCAAAGAAUCCUAUUUCCGACAUUUUCUCUAGCUACCCCCUAAACAUGCUAUUUCUUUGUAUUUGUUCGAAUUUCCUUCGUCAUUUCCAAAUAAAUAAAUAAUUAUCAGACUAGGAAAAUUACAUAGCCUGAUCAUUUAAUAUAUAAAUUAAAGCUAUUUUUAUUAAA